CCCUUUCGCCCCGAGCUGGCGCGUUCAGGUUUCCUACACUCCAUACCUGCGCUGGCCACCGAGCAUGGCAAAGCAGGUGCCUCGCAAGACCCCCCAGAGCGCAAAGAUGAGGAGGCCGGCUGCAGCUUCGGCGACGGCAGUGGUGCCGCACGAGAAGACCGACGCAGAGAAGAAGGGUUUGGACCGCCUGGCCGAUCUAAAGCCAGGCCAACCCCUGGGGCAGGCAGGGGCGCAAGCAGUCACGGACCACUUGAAGCGCUUGGCCAAGGACGGUUGGGAGUUUCCCCUCCAGGAGUGGAAGAACACCAAGAGCUACGAGGCGAAACGUUCCUUGGCCGUCAAGCUGGCGCUGGACAGGGCCGGGUCAUUUUUCAAGCAGAUCGAAGAGCAGUCCCUGACGAGUCGGAGCCAGAAGGCGAUCAAGAGCGGAUGGCUCCACAUCUGGGAAGUCGCUGACUUGGAGAAGUUCCCGUGCAACCCAGAGAACGAGGCGACGAUGCAGAAGCUGUACGACUUCGUGGAGGGCUGCCCCACCAGGGCUUCUGAAAAGCCUGCUUUGGCCAAGAAGGGCGAGCUGCAGUACGACUACUCGAAGAGGAUGGUGGACAACCACGUAUCCGAGCGCAGGAAGGCUAUCACCGUCAAGGGCACGAAGGACAAGGUCGACGCUGGAGAGGUCAACGACUCGAUCGCUCUCAUGGACGACGACUUCGUCGAGCAGCCCGUCCACAAGAAGGCGAAGAAGGCGAAGGUCCCCAAGGCGAUCGAGGACGAGAAGCCCGAAGACAAGAAGUUGCGCGAGGCAACGGCGGAGAAGGCGAAAUGGAUUUCGUCUUACACGUCGCUGAAGACCAAGGUCGGAAAACAGACCGACUUGGCGGAGAAGCUGCAGGCGAAGUACGAUUUGGUGAAGGACAAAAAGAAAGGCACUCUCGUCACGGCGAAGCUCGUGACCCAGAUGUGGUCGCAGUUGUCUACGCUGCAGGCCAAGAAGGGCAAGAUGGCGCGCUUCAUCGAGGAUACCAGCGCCGUGGACCCCCUCAAGUGGGCCAAGAACAAAGCGAAAUACGACAAAGAGUUCAAGGAUUGCGAGUCUGCCCUGGACACCUUCACCGAGGGGGCCGUGUCCCUCGUGCAGAAGGGGUUGACCAAUU